UUUUCAAAAAUGAAAGAAGCGAUCUGAUUGGUUGCUAUGGGCAACCCAGCAACUUUUCCUCAGGACAGGUUUUGAUAAAUCUCCCCCCAUGUGACUAGAACAAUGAACACAUGGAGCAGCCAAUGAGAUACAGGUAGAAUACUAGACAUGGCAUCUAAGUAUCCCGUAAAGUCAGGCUACAAGUAUACAUACUACAGGACAAAACUUGGUGAACCGCUUCACCAAUCAGGAUAUGAGUUCGAUCUGACAGAUCCAAACUGUUAUUUGCUCAAAACAGAGUACAAUAAUUUACAUGAUCCACAUUUAAAAUCCUUUUUCUAUAACAAGAAAAGACAUAGUCACCUACUCUCACAGGGAUACAUAACCAAAGACAAUCAGGUCAAGUGUUCCUUACAAGAAUUUAAUGAAUACAAUAACUAUAUUCACCAUAGGAUGAUUGACUUGAACAAACAAUAUGUAAAGGAACAAGAGCACAUUAAGAAGCAAAUAGAUAGCAUUAACAGAAACAAUACACAACUUAUGGAAAGGAUACACAAAAGGGAACAAUAUAAAAGUCAGCUACUGAAAAAAAUGGAGAAGAACUGGCAAAAGAAUGAUCUUCAACUUCUUUCACAAAUGAGGAAGGAGAGGUCACAGAAACUUCAACCACUAGAGGAAAAGAAAAAGCCAGUUUUGGGAAUUUUUGGCGAUUCAGAAGAUGUAAGCAGCUUGAGUUCCUAUACAGAGUCUAGUACAGUUUCUGUAUCAAGUUCAUCACACAACAAAACUAGUUCAUUGCCUGAGAUUACUCCCAAUGAUUUAAUAUCAAAAUCUGAACCUUAUGUGUGUAACCUGCAACCAGCAAAAGGAAUAUCUAGUGACCUAGAAGAUGCAAGCCGUUCCAUUCCAUAUCCUGAUUUUAGCACACAUGCUCAUACUAAGGAAGUCAUGUCUACUUCUAAGGAGACACCGAUGAAAUCUGAUUUCCCCGUUUGUGACCUGCAAUACUUUAAAGACACCUAUUCCACGAUGUUUCAAAAAAUAUUUGAAGCACAAAGUGCUUAUUUGUCAUCUGUUUCUGAGGACCUUGUGGAAAUAGUCUUUGAUAAGAUAACCUCUUCAGCCCCUGGGCACCAUAUUGGAUUUACACCCGUAAAAAAAGUAGCUAAAGAAACAUUACAUGAUAUGAGAGGGAAAUCACCAUGCAGAUAUCUAAUAUCUAGGCUUGAAGUGAUGUCAGCCGCUAGUGACAUUGUAGAAAAUGCAUUAAGCAAAUGGCAUGAAAAGGCUGUAAAAAAAUUUAGCAUCCAAUAUGAAGACAUAUUUGAGGAAAGAACUUCAUUCAGAAAGCUGUACAAGUUUUUCAUUUGUGCAAAUAACUGUGAAGAAAUGUACAAGGCAACACUUCCCACAGCCACGGAAUCCAUAUUGGAAAGUAGCGAAGAAAUUGUUAAAAAUGUGCUUGCCCAUUUAGAAACAUUUACCAAACCAAGGUUCAAGAUAGGUUUUAAACAACAAUCGGGUUCUGCAGCCAUUGUCUCUUUGAAACAGACAUCUCCAAAUUCUGAUGAAAAUGCAUUAGAAACAGGGUCCUUGAGUGACCCAGUUGGACAACUUGAACAAUAUAAGGACUUUCUGGAAAAAGAACUAGAGAAUCUGGCAGCAAGAAUAGAUGAACCUGAACAUAAAGUGUGUGUGAACAUUCAAGAACUGAUUAAAACAAUCCUAAAAGUUACAGGUGCAAACAUUGAAAAUGACAGAAGGCAGGAAAUUGGGAAGAAAAUUACAAUUUCAACUGAGGAAAAGUUCCUGCUGAACAAAUAUAUUGAAAAAAACUUCACACCAUCUAAAAAUAAGUCACUGAAAAAACACUCUAGAAUUCUGCUAUUAACUAAACCACAUGAGUCACGUGUUGGAGGAAAAUCUACAUCAGUUCCAGACUCAAAGUUCUUUAGGGCUGUGAUUGAAGAAGUCAAUGUACCAGGGAUGGUCACUUGCUUAGAAAAUAAAGGUGAACAUGGCAACCUAAAAGCAGAUCGGAGAAAUGUAAACAUUGAAAGGCAAUCCAGAGGAUAUUGUGAGCAUGUAAACUUUGUUUUAUCACCACUAGACAACCAGGAAAGAUUGGACGACAAUUGUUUUCUUCUUAAUAUGUUCAAUUGUGACCAUCUUGUGCACAGUGAGAAUGAAUUUAAUCGUCCUCUCAAAGUCAUAGAGGACCUUGUCUCCGAAACUUUAAUGAAAAUACUACAAGACUUAAAAUACCCCAUCCCUGAGCAUCUAUAUACCUUUGUAAAAUCCCCUAACAACACGUACGAUGUUGACAUUGCAAUCAAAGGCCAAAAAGAUAGCAAUGCAUUGUUGUUACCAUCUGACAUCAGGUCUUUUUCCCAUCACGUGGUAGAGCACAUCCUUAAAAUGUUGUAUGCAACUUCCUCAUACAAAAAGUGGAAGGAAUGUUUCCUAUCCAUUUUGGAAGACAUGCAAAAUACCUGUGUAAUGGCUGACUGUAAUAGGGAUGCAUCACUGUCAGAAUUUUACCACCCUCAACAACACAUCAUUUGGGAGGAAAUAGCUCAAACUGUCUCCGCAAAAAUUGAAAGUUUCCUACUGCUAAAGUUUAAGGCAUAUCUAUCAGCAGAAGAAAUAAUUGACAUUGACCUAAUGCGAACUGUUCCAGGAAUCAACAUAGAAGUAGGGGUUCAAACCAAGCAUAUUGUAGCUAGGCUUUUAGAAAGCAUUAGAGAGUCAAUUUCCCAGCAACAAACCCAGGACCCACUCCUUGAACUAUUUUCAAAAGAUGAAUUAGAUAUAACUUGUGUAUUGCUAAAUUUAAUGCUUGACCAUAUACACAAUGAGCAACUCAACGUGAUAUUGGAAGAAUGUCAGCCAAAAUCGUCAGCUUCACAUGGGUGCUCAGAUGCUGGUUGUACCCUGCACAAUGUAUUUGACAGAACUCGACGUACAUAUUCACAAAUGUCCAAUCUACUAGAUUUAGUUUCUUCUACAUUAGGGGUGGCAUUCAAACAAAUAAUGGAACCAAUACAGGUGAAAUCUCUAAAGUGUACAUCUGACCAAUCAACACAGCUAGGUUUUGAGACUGAUCUUUCCAAAUGUUGCCAAGACAGUGUCCUUUUCUUGCAAACGGAUAUGAGCGCACUAUCCAAGUCUAUUGUAGAAGACCUUAUAAACGUUAUGUGUAGUGCAAAGAAAAAAAUAAAGGAAGACAAGUCUUUGCUCAAGUGCCAAGGAUCCACUGUUAAAGGAAUCUGUGAAUUUAGUAAUUCAGUUCUCAGAGAUGUCUUUGGAAAGUUAAGAGGAUUUAUUAGUCUUGCAGUAAAAGCUAUCCAUCCAUCAAGCAAAAAUAUAUCGGAAGAAAUCUCUUUCCCAGGAAUGAUUGAUCAAGAGAAUCUACUUUACAGCCCUUCAGAAGAUCUAAAAAGAAAACUCGGAACGCCUCGGCCCAAAUCCAAUUUGUAUAUGCAUUCGAAGCGUCUUUCUCAUGAAAUGGCAUGUGUUAUCCAGAGUCAACUAGAAAAAAUAUCUGGUAACAUUAGACAUUCUUUACUUAAAGAAGAAGAUAUCACAUCUGAAUCCAACAGCCUUGUCUUUGAGGUAGAACAGAUAAGCUUACACACCAGUUUUUCACAAGAUAAAUGUACUACAUUUGCUCACGAUACAUGUAUAAUGCAGAAUAUAGAAACCAAUUUAAGAAGAAAUAUUUCACAAAAUAUUUGUGCACAUCUUAAAGGAAAAGAAUCAGUUACACCAGAAAUUGCAAAUGAAGUGGAGAAGGCAGUGUUGAUGCUUUAUAAACAGCUUUUGAUAGAUUUGAGUGUACCUCUUAAACUAACCUGUUCUAGUCCCACGAGUAAGUUUCAUCAACAACUACUUUCAGACUCCUUACUGACAUACAGUCAGCAUGCAGAUACCUCUCCCUUUUCUGAUUCUGAAAUUAUUGAUCUUUCUGGGGAUAUCCUAAAGAUCCUGUCUGGCAUUUUACAUGCAUCUAAUGGGAGUGGAAUCCAUGACCAAACUAACAGUCUCAAACCAAAAAAUCCUGUUUUUACCAAAUUAAAGAACUUUGUCAACUCUAAAAUUAUUUCUCUCUUCUGUCAGUCGAUCCAGAAACCAUUACAGUAUGAGACAAAAAAAGACACACUGGCAGGUACAAGACUUGAGCACCAUGCUCAUGAGUUAGCUGACAACAUAAUUCACCAAGCUGAAAAACACCUACACGGACAGAUCGAGGAAGUUUUUCCUAAAGACAAUAUCUUGCCGCUGUCUGAUAUAGACAUUGCUGAUCACAUUGUCAGCAACCUUCUACUGUCAUUGAAGUACACAUACCUACACCAGAAAGUGCCUAACAAUGUUCCUUUUACUGGAGAGGCUGAAAAAAAUGCCACCAAAUGUAAUGCAACGGAAAUUGCAGAAAUGGUGGAUGUAAUCAUUAGGGACACCAUCAACAAUCUGAAAACAGUUCAGCUGUCUAAUAUAACUCUUGACAUCUGCACAAAGAACUUGACCAGUUCAGUACUGGCACUUGUACAAAGAGAGUUAGAACAAGAAAGAAUGUUCAUGUACAAAGAUAAGAAAUACACCAUUGAUAAAAAUACCCUUGCAACUGAAAUUGUUAAUAAUAUUUUAGAGAAGUUUUAUGCAAAGGGUGUUUCUUAUGAUACCAGUUCAACAAAUGCAUCAGAUAAUGUAGAUAGCAUCUAUACGCAUACAUUGAAAGAUCCGAAAGUGAGUCCAAUGACCCAUAGUGCUGCAUAUUCAGAACCUGAAUUAUCAACUUUGAUACAACAAGUGGAAACUGUGCUGCAUGAAGUUCAGGCAAAAACAAUACUGGAAUUGAAAAUGGGCAUAUCCCAGUUAUCCUUCCACAGCAGUAAGCCAGAUGAAUCUUCUUCUGAAUAUCUGUGUGAUACCUGCCUAGGAUUUUCUAAAUCUGAUGUUGAAUUUGUGGCCAAGGACAUAGUUGAAAUCAUACUUUCAAAGCUUUCCAAACAUCUACAAGCCAUCCUGUACUUUCCAAACUUACCGUACGAAGAGCAUUGUUUCAUGUUAUCAAAACCAGAUAAUACUCCUUGUUUUUUAGAACAAAUAAAUAUUUCUCAUUUUGUCCGUGAUCAAAGUGACAGAACAAAUUCAAUGGAUGAGUCUUUUGUAGAAGAUGACUUACUCCAUCAGUUAAUAUCCACUGUAAAUGAUAAAACCACUGCUUAUGUGGCUACAAUAGCACUAAAAUGCAAGCCUCACCUUACAGUUAAUGUGAGAAAUGAAAACGUUGGCACUUUUUUGGCCCGUGUCAACAAUACCUGUACUGGACUAGAAUGUUGCUCAAAAGAUAUAGUUAUAAAAGUACUUGAGAAUAUUAAGCCAAGGGUUAAACGCAAGCUACUGCACAGGAUUAAUAUGACUCAGCGUGAAGACAUUCAAGCAACACAUCUCAUUGACACCAUUUUACAUGAGCUGUCUUCAUCAUACAAUGUAUCUGCAGAACCCGAUACUGAGUAUGGAGAUGUCGUAGACUAUCCAAAAGCUUCUACUCCAAAACUACAAUCCUCUUUUUGGGUAGACGAACUGAGGCUGACAGGUGCACUAUCCCUAACCAAUAGUAACACAAAUUCUGAAUGUGAGAAUGGAGAAGCUGUGAACCAUUCAAAGACUUUUACCCCAAGGUCACCAUUUCGCUUAAGUGUAAAUGAACAGAGAAGGUUUAGUGAAACAGGAAAAGUAUCUUCAACUAGUAGUAGACCCAAAUCUGAUUUUGAGAAUAAAGAAGCUAUAGAGCUUUUUUCGAAUCCAAGAGGUUCUACCCCAAAACCCCCAUCAUUACCAGAUGUAAAUGGCCAGAGAAGGUUUACUGUACCAGAGGUAGUAUCCCCAACCAGCAGUAACUCAGGCUCUGAUACUGACAAAGGAGAAGCUGUGCUGCUUCCACAAAGUUUCACUGAAAGGCCAUCAUCAUCUACCAAUGUUAAGGAACAGAGAAGUUACAAUAUAAGACUUCAUUUUUUAUAAUACCGACCAGUUAAUUGAAAUGUAAAUGUUGUAGACAAGUCCACAAAGUUAAUAUCUAGAUUGUUAAAGAAUAAAUGUG